AUGUCUUCUUCAGCAAUCUACAUACUUGAUCUCAAAGGAAAAGUUAUAAUAUCGAGGAAUUAUCGAGGGGAUGUAGAGAUGAGUGUCAUCGAUAGAUUCAUGCCACUGUUAUUAGAACGGGAGGAAGAAAGCCGCGUGAGUCCAGCUCUUGAACAUCCUGAAGCCACAUUCAUAUAUAUCAAACAUUCAAACCUGUACUGUAAGGUCUUAUCAUUCUUGUACAUUUUUCUUGCUGCACAAAUUGUAUCGACAUCACGGAGGAAUGUCAACGUAGCGCUGGUACUUACAUUUUUAUACAAAGUUGUGGGAGUCUUUGAAGAUUAUUUUAAAGAUGUUGAAGAAGAGUCAGUUCGUGAUAAUUUUGUCGUGAUAUAUGAACUACUUGAUGAAAUGAUGGAUUUCGGUUUUCCACAAACUACAGAAGGAAAAAUUCUGCAAGAAUUCAUUACGCAAGAAGGACACAAAUUAGAUAUUGCUCCACGACCGCCAAUGGCAGUCACAAAUGCCGUUUCUUGGCGUUCUGAAGGUCUCAAGUACCGCAAAAAUGAAGUAUUUCUGGAUGUUAUUGAGUCUGUAAAUUUGCUGGCGAGUGCAAAUGGUGCAGUGCUGCAAAGUGAAAUAGUGGGUUCGGUUAAGAUGCGAGUUUAUUUAACUGGUAUGCCGGAAUUACGCUUGGGUCUAAAUGACAAAGUUUUAUUUGAAAGUAGCGGAAGAAGUAAAAAUAAAUCGGUUGAAUUGGAAGAUGUUAAAUUUCAUCAAUGUGUUCGCUUAUCACGUUUUGAAAAUGACAGAACGAUCAGUUUCAUACCACCUGAUGGUGAAUUUGAAUUGAUGAAUUAUCGAUUGAUGACAGUUGUUAAACCACUUAUUUGGAUAGAAGCAGUUGUUGAAAGGCACACUCAUUCAAGAGUUGAAUAUAUGAUAAAGGCUAAAUCUCAAUUCAAACGACGUUCCACAGCAAAUAAUGUAGAAAUUGUGGUCCCGGUACAAAGUGAUGCUGAUUCACCAAAGUUCAAAUCCUCCAUUGGAACAGUUAAAUACACACCAGAACAAAAUUCAUUUGUUUGGACUAUUAAAAGCUUUCCAGGUAAAGUGAUAUUACAAAUAACAGCAAUAACCUCAUUGGAGGUUGAUGGUAGCUACAAAUUAGUACGGUUAUUAAAGCAGAUAGAGUUUCAUAUUCCUAAUGUUCAGUAUUACAUUUGCAUAACUAUGAAACGACGAAAUGUAAUAAUAGGUGGAAAAGAAUACUUGAUGCGGGCACAUUUUAAUCUACCCUCAGUUCAAAGUGAGGAUCGAGAGGGCCGUCCACCAAUAAAAGUAAAAUUCGAAAUUCCGUAUUUCACUACGUCUGGGAUUCAGGUGCGUUAUCUCAAGAUUAUCGAAAAAAGUGGUUAUCAAGCUUUACCGUGGGUGCGCUAUAUUACACAGAAUGGAGAUUAUCAACUCCGUAUGGUGUAA